AUGCCUUCUCAGCCUCGUAAAGGCAUUACACCACAGCAGAAGCUGGUUUUAACCACUGUGGUGUCUAUGCUGCAGAGUGCAGCACUUGCAACUAAUCUUGUUCCCGUCGUUGACUUUGGGCCAUUCAUUGAUCCCACCUCACCCGCGGAACAGAAGGAAAAGGCCGCAAAGGAGAUUCUACAGUCAUUCCAGGAGAUAGGGUUUGUCUAUUUGAUAAACCAUGGCUUGGACGCUGAUAAGAUAGAUGGGAUGUUUGGAUGGUCCCGUAAAUUAUUCGACCUACCUCCCGCAGUUAAAGAGCUAGCUCCUCACCCGCCUUCUGGGACACACCAUCGAGGAUACUCGGCCCCAGGGAGGGAAAAAGUGAAACAACUGUCAGAGUCCAGUCGCCAAUUAGCUCAUACAAGAGCUACCAACGACGUAUCUAACCAAGCAGAGUCGGGUGUCAUACGAGAUAUCAAAGAAAGCUUUGAAUGCGGUCGGGAAGACAACGAAGAGAUGCCCAAUAUCUGGUUCCCUGACGGUGUCUUUCCAGGUUUCAAGGAGGCAUGUCUGGAUUUUUAUUGGACUUGCUACGAGACGGAAAAACUCAUCCUCAAAGCACUCGCGAUAGGGUAUAAUUUGCCGGAUCAUUACUUUCUGCAGGAUCACUCUAAAGCCGACAAUCAGCUGAGACUAUUGCAUUAUCCGAGCAUUCCAGCGUCUAUGUUGCAAGAUGAAAAGGCCUCUCGAAUCCCCAGUCACACAGAUUUCUGCUCCAUGACGGACUCUAUCGGUGGCUUAGAAGUAGAGGACCCCAAACAUUCUGGCACCUUUAUUGUACUUUUUGUGACAUAUUGGGUGCUUAUUACGCCUACUGACUUUCAUGCCCUGUAG